AUGCCACUUUUCCUGGUGGAGACGAGCUGUAGCCUGAUUGCCUGGAUCCUUCUAUAUGUGCUCCUGUGUUACGUGAACGGGGGACGGAGCUCUGAGUGGAACUGCCGGCUGGUCACUCUGCUCCAUGGCAUCCUCAUCGUAGCUGUCACUGCUUACAUCUGCUUCAUCGAUGGCCCGUGGCCAUUCACACACGCAGGCAUGGAGAACACACCUCUCCAGAUCCUCGCCCUGCUCCUCAGCCUGGGCUACUUCCUCUUCGACAUGGCCUGGUGCUUGUACUUCUGUUCCGAAGGCCCCGUGAUGCUGGCCCACCACACUCUCAGUAUCCUGGGUCUCGUGGCCGCUCUGGGGACAGGCCGGUCGGGAAUCGAGACGUGUGCCGUCCUGUUCGGCGGCGAGAUCACCAACCCACUCCUGCAGGCACGCUGGUUUCUUAGGCAAACGGGCCACCACGAGAGCUGCGCUGGUGAUGCGGUUGACCUACUCUUCGUCGUGCUCUUCACCAGCGUGCGAGUCGGCGUCGGCAGCUGUAUGCUCUGCUGUGAGCUGGUCUCCCCGAGACCUCGACUGCUGAUGAAGUUUGGUGGGGUGGCCAUGUACACCCUCUCCUGGGUCUUCAUGGUGGAUGUAGCGCGAUUCGCUUGCCGAAAGACUCGCGCCAGGUACAGGCAGUGGCAGGAGUGGCGGAAGGUCAGCAGUGCUAAUAGAUGUGCUGGGGAGUGA